AUGGAUAUUUCAAAACCUAUCGCCUUUUGCGAGCACCUUCAGCUCUCAAGCGUUGGCGUCCAGCCAGCUUCUAUCUCGUUCCAGACCUUGACGCUUGAGUCUGACCAUUUCAUUUGUGUACGGGAGAAAGUUGGCGAACAGAACCAGGUGGUCAUUGUAGACCUUGCCGAUGCUAACAAUGUUCUUCGUCGCCCAAUAUCUGCAGACUCUGCGAUUAUGCAUCCGAAACAAAAGAUUCUGGCCUUGAAAGCUGGGCGCACGCUCCAAAUCUUCAACAUUGAGGCUAAGCAGAAGGUCAAGUCCCAUGUUAGCAAUGAGGACAUUGUCUAUUGGACGUGGAUUAACGAUACUACCAUUGGCAUGGUCACCGAGUCCUCUGUCCUCCACUGGAGCAUUGCAGACCAAACAUCCGGGCCCCAGAAAAUCUUCGACAGGAAUCCUACCCUUGCGGGAACUCAGAUCAUUAACUACCGCGCAACUCCAGAUGACAAAUGGCUAGUUCUUGUCGGUAUUUCCGGAAACACGACAAACCCCUCCGCGUUCAGGGUUAAGGGAUCAAUGCAACUCUAUAGUCGCGACCGAGGGGUCAGCCAAGCAAUUGAAGGACACGCAGCAGCCUUCGCAGAGUUAAAGUUGGAUGGUCAUCAGAAGCCGACGAAACUAUUUGCGUUCUCUGUUCGCACCGCAGCAGGCGCCAAGUUGCACAUCGUUGAAAUAGACCAUGCUGCACCUGAUCCGCCUUUUGUCAAGAAAGCCGUUGACGUCUACUUCCCUCCUGAGGCGACCAAUGACUUCCCCGUAGCCAUGCAAGUCUCCCAAAAGCAUGGAAUUAUCUAUCUCGUCACCAAAUACGGGUUCAUUCAUCUCUAUGACCUAGAGUCAGGUGCUUGCAUAUACAUGAACCGUAUUUCGGGGGAAACUAUUUUCGUCACUGCCGAACACGAAGCAACCAACGGUAUCAUCGGCAUUAACAAGAAGGGUCAGGUGCUGAGCGUCAAUGUCGAUGAACAGACCAUUAUCCCUUACAUACUUACGACCCUCAACAAUACCGAGCUCGCCUUCAAGCUGGCUAGUCGGGGAAACCUUCCGGGCGCAGACGACCUCUACGUCAAGCAGUAUCAGCAGCUAUUCCAGAGCGGACAAUACGGCGAAGCUGCAAAGAUAGCCGCCAACUCACCUCGGGGUAUCUUGCGUACAACGCAAGUCAUUGAGUCAUUCAAAGCAGCGCCAGCCCCACCUGGUGGCUUGUCCCCUAUUCUACAAUACUUCGGUAUACUUCUUGAGAAGGGCGAACUGAACCAUUCGGAGUCGCUGGAAUUGGCACGGCCGGUUCUGCAGCAGGGCCGGAAGCAGCUUUUGGAAAAAUGGUUGAAAGAGAACAAGCUAACAUGUAGCGAAGAACUCGGUGACAUCGUUAGGCUGCAUGAUAUGACUCUUGCCUUGAGUGUCUAUCUUCGCGCCAACGUCCCUAACAAGGUCAUUGCAUGUUUCGCCGAGACUGGACAAACAGAAAAGAUCAUUCUUUACGCGAAGAAAGUUGGUUAUUCACCGGACUAUGUUGCUUUGCUCCAGCAUGUCAUGCGUACGAAUCCUGAUAAAGGGGCUGAGUUUGCCGCUCUGUUAGUGAACGACGAGAAUGGACCCCUUGUUGAUAUUGAGCGAGUCGUUGACAUUUUCAUGUCUCAAAACAUGAUCCAGCCUGCAACGUCAUUCUUGCUGGACGCUCUGAAGGAUAACAAGCCUGAACAAGGGCCACUUCAGACUCGUUUGCUGGAGAUGAAUCUUGUCCAUGCACCUCAGGUCGCGGACGCUAUUUUGGGCAACGAGAUGUUUACGCAUUAUGAUCGUCCCAGAAUUGCCAAUUUGUGUGAAAAGGCGGGAUUACUACAAAGGGCCCUCGAACAUUAUGAAGAUCUCGCUGACAUCAAGCGGGCUAUUGUCCACACCACCGCUGUGCAGCCGGAUUGGUUGAUCAACUAUUUCAGCCGUCUCACUACGGAACAAUCCAUGGCUUGUCUGCAAGAGAUGCUUCGUGUCAACAUUCGUCAGAAUCUUCAAGUGGUUAUUCAAAUCGCGACGAAGUAUUCUGACAUUCUGGGACCGGUCAAACUGAUAGAGAUGUUUGAAAGCUUUAAGACUUUCGAGGGACUAUACUAUUACCUCGGUUCCAUUGUCAAUCUCAGCACCGAUCCUGAGGUUCACUUCAAGUACAUUCAAGCCGCUACUAGAACUGGCCAGAUCCGAGAGGUGGAGCGUAUUUGUCGUGAGAGCAACUAUUAUAACCCGGAGAAGGUCAAGAAUUUCCUCAAGGAGGCCAAGCUCGGCGACCAACUUCCCCUUAUCAUUGUUUGCGAUCGUUUCGACUUCGUCCAUGACCUUGUUCUCUACUUGUAUCAGAAUGGGCUCACGAAGUUCAUCGAAGUAUAUGUGCAACGUGUCAACUCCGUUCGAACACCUCAGGUUGUAGGCGGCUUGUUAGAUGUUGACUGCGACGAGGCAACUAUCAAGAGUCUCCUUGCCUCCGUCACUGGUAACUUCCCUGUCGAUGAACUCGUUCAUGAGGUAGAGGAACGGAACAGGUUGAAAUUGAUUCUGCCAUGGCUCGAGGCUCGCGUUCAGGCCGGUUCUCAGGAUUCUGCCGUUUUCAAUGCCAUCGCGAAGAUCUACAUCGACAGUAACAACAACCCGGAGACUUUCUUGAAGGAGAACAACUUGUACGAGCCUCUAGUUGUCGGUAAAUUCUGUGAGAAACGGGACCCGUACCUUGCCUACAUUGCCUACGCCAAAGGUUUCUGCGAUGAAGAGCUUGUCGCUAUCACAAACGAGAACUCAAUGUUCAAGCAGCAAGCACGCUAUCUUGUCAAGCGUCGUGAGCUUGACCUCUGGGCACAAGUACUUGUUCCGGACAAUAUUCACCGUCGACAAUUGAUUGACCAGAUUGUUGCGACUGCGCUUCCUGAGUGCACAGAUCCCGAUGAUGUUUCCAUCACCGUCAAAGCUUUCCUCCAGGCCGACCUUCCUAUUGAGCUGAUUGAGCUGUUGGAGAAGAUCAUCAUUGAUCCUUCACCAUUCAGUGACAAUCGCAACCUGCAGAAUCUGCUGUUGCUCACUGCUAUCCGUGCAGAUAAAGGCAAGGUCGUCGGUUAUAUCAAUAAGCUUCAAAACUACGACGCUGGGGAAAUUGCCAGAAUUGCGACGGAGCAUGGGUUGUACGAGGAAGCCUUCAGCAUCUACAAGAAGUACGAACAGCAUGCUAUGGCCAUGAACGUUCUAGUUGAACACAUAGUAUCCAUCGAUCGUGGUCUCGACUAUGCGAACAAGGUCAACAAGCCAGAGGUUUGGAGCAGACUUGCAAAGGCCCAAUUGGAUGGUCUUCGGAUCAAGGAUUCAAUUGAUUCGUACAUCAAGGCCGAGGAUCCAUCCAACUUCGCUGAAGUUAUUGAAAUUUCCAACCACGCCGGCAAGCAUGACGACCUUGUUCGUUUCCUCCAGAUGGCUCGCAAGACUCUGCGAGAGCCUAAGAUUGACACUGAGCUGGCUUACGCCUACGCUAAAACGGACCGUCUGCAUGAUAUGGAGGAUUUCCUCGGCAUGACGAAUGUUGCUGAUAUUCUCGAGGUUGGUGAAAAAUGCUUUGAGGAUGAGCUGUAUCAAGCAGCCAAGCUUUUGUUCACGAGCAUCUCGAACUGGGCGCGACUGGCUACGACCUUGAUCUACUUGGGAGAAAACCAAGCGGCUGUAGAGAGCGCAAGAAAGGCAGGUAACACACAGGUCUGGAAACAGGUGCAUGCUGCUUGUAUCGAGAAGUCUGAGUUCCGCUUGGCCCAAAUUUGUGGUCUUAACAUUAUCGUUCAUGCGGAGGAAUUGUCGAAUCUGGUACAAAUAUAUGAGCGACGUGGCCACUUUGAGGAGAUCAUCAACCUUCUUGAAGCUGGUCUCAGCUUAGAACGGGCACACAUGGGUAUUUUCACUGAGCUUUCGAUCUUGCUCAGCAAGUACAAGCCCUCUCGACUAAUGGAACACCUGAAGUUGUUUGUGUCUCGCAUCAAUAUUCCGAAGGUCCUCAAAGCAACUGAGAAGGCGCACCUGUGGCCUGAGCUCGUGUUCUUGUACAUCAAAUAUGAUGAAUUUGAUAAUGCGGCGCUUGCGAUGAUAGAACGGUCAGCUGAUGCUUGGGAACACAACCAGUUUAAGGAUGUCAUUGUCAGGGCUGCGAACGUUGAAAUUUACUACAAGGCCCUUGAUUUCUACCUCACGGAACAACCAACCUUGCUGACUGAUCUAUUGUCCGUUCUUAUCCCACGUAUCGACCACAGCCGCGUGGUACGCAAGUUCCGGAGCAUAGACCACAUACCCCUUAUCCGGCAGUAUCUGAUUGCCGUCCAAAAUCUCAACAUUGACUCUGUCAAUGACGCAUACAACGAUUUGCUCAUUGAAGAAGAAGAUUACAAGACAUUGCGGGACUCAAUCGAUAGCUUUGACAACUUCGACAAUAUCGCACUCGCCAGGAGAUUGGAGAAGCAUGAGCUCCUAGAAUUCCGAAGACUCGCCGCUCAUCUCUACAAGAAAAACUCACGAUGGGAAGAGUCGAUAUCUUUGUCCAAGCAAGACAAACUGUAUAAGGACGCUAUGAUCACAGCCGCCACCUCGAGUUCGAUUGACGUCGCCGAAGAUCUGCUUUCAUAUUUCGUGGACAUCGGUAACAAGGAGUGCUUCGCCUCAAUAUUGUACAUUUGUUUUGACCUUCUACGAUCCGAUGUUGUGGAGGAGCUUUCAUGGCAGCAUGGUCUUAAUGAUUUCUUCAUGCCAUACAAGAUACAGAUUCAACGGUCAUUGGUUGACAAGUUGACACAGCUUGAGAAGGAAGUCAAAGAGCGGUCGAAGAAGGAGAGCCAAAAGGAGCAGGCUGAAGCAGAAGCGCCCAUGAUCAACCCGGGUGGGUUCGGGAACACUCUCCUUUUGACGAAUGGGUUUGCGGGACAAGCUCCUCCAACAAUGAACGGGAUGGCGCCUGCUAUGACUGGCUUUUAUUAA